AUGGGUGAGAUCGGUACAAAUCUGCUCCUGCAGAGGAUAGCUGAACAAGCCCGCGAACAGAGAAUGAUACGCGACGCAGCACUGGAGAACAAAUUCCGAAAGCUUCCCUAUCCAACGUCGUCCAGAGACGACAAACUGGUACACAACCUGUCGUUAAAGGAGCUGACAAAGGAUCAGAUGCAGGUUUUAAGGCAUGAAGCUUCAUUCAACACGACUGACGCCAAACCUGUUAACAUGAUUGCGGCAGUGGAAUCAAUCCUUAGACGGAGGCAACGGAGGAGACCAAGAGCCUCAUCCGACACCAAGUGUCGUCUCUCCUAAUGGCCCACAGGCCGCGGGAAGUGCUUUUCAAGGUCGAACGUGAUGCUCUUAGAGAACUCAAAGCCGACAAAGACUUGGGCAUCGUGCCAGCGGACAAGGGGCGCUCCACGGUUGUGCUAGACAGGACAGACUGCCUUCAAAAAGCCAAAGGUUUGCUGGAGGACCGCCAGUUCUAUGUCCCAUGUGCAACGAACCCUGUAAAAGCGCUGACACGCGAAAUCAAUGCUACGUUGUUGGUCUUGGAGAACGCAGGUGCAAUAACACCGACCGACAGACGCAUAGGGAGACCCCAGGAUACGGUUUUGGCCCGAUUCUAUGGCCUCCCUAAGGUGCACAAAGACGGCGCUCCUCUCCGACCCAUCAUGUCGCUCAAAGGUACUCCAACGUACGGACUGGCUAAGUGGCUGUUCCGGCGUCUCAAGUUCCUGACCGCUGAGUCAGACACCACGGUCUCUUCGUCGGCAAAAUUCCUGGAGAAACUCAAAGGGGUAAGCCUCCAUCCAAAUGAGGUCAUGGUAUCUUUUGAUGUUACAUCCCUUUUUACUUCGAUUUCCCAGAACCUGGCGAUCGAGACAAUCGAGCUGCUUCUACAAAGCAAAUACGAUGAAACGUCGAAUCCUCUUGGACGCGCCCAAGUACUUCAGCACCUGAAGUUCUGUCUCAAGACGUACUUUACGUUCGACGGGACAAUCUACGAACAAGUGAAGAGCACACCAAUGGGUUCGCCGAUUUCGAGGUUCAUCGCCGAGGCGGUCCUACAACGGUUAGAGCCGCUGGUCGUCCAACACCAUAUACCGAAGUUCUGGGCCCGGUAUGUGGAUGAUACGUUCGUCGUCAUCGAUUGGGAUGAACUGCUGACAUUCAAAGAACGUCUGAAUGCGGUCCUCCUGGACAUACAAUUUACGAUGGAGGAGGCAGAAAACAACCAGCUGGCCUUCCUGGAUCUCCUCGUAUGCCGCAAGGAAUCUGGUGGACUAAAGAUCAAAGUGUUAAGGAAAGCGACAAAUACGAUACAAGUACUGAACUUCAACGGAAAACACCCAAUCAGUCACAAAAGCAGUUGUGUAAGGACGCUCUCUCGGCGUGUCGAAACGCACUGCAGUAAGCCGGAAGAGAAGAUUGCAUAACUACAAUACCUCCGACGGAUCCUCAAAGCCAAUGUCUACACGGGCAACUUUGUCAACCGGUGCAUACGCAAAAUGGACGAAAGGCAUAAUCGCACUGACACCAAAGUUUGGUGAGCGCUUCCAUAUGUCAAGAACGUUUCGGAAGCUGUUGGCCGCCUUCCCGCACCACUUGGGGUUGCAGUUGCACAAAGGCCGGAGGCAACCAUUAGGCGUCAGUUGAUGAAACCAAAAGACCCACUGCCACGGCAAGAAACGUCUGGAGUCGUUUAUCGGAUCUGGUGCAGUUGCGGGCAAAGCAACUACAUCGGAGAAACCGGAAGACAACUCCGAACGCAAAUGGACGAACACGCUGCAGCAGUGCGGAGAAAUGACGCCAGCUCUCAAGUUGCGGCUCAUUCGACGGGUUCCGGCCACACAUUCAAAUUUGACGAGGCCGAAAUUCUCGCAAGAGGUGACAACCGCGUGAGUCGGGAGCUGCUUGAGUCAUGGUUUACUGGCCCCCAGUCUAUUAACAAGUGCAAUGAUCUUCCCAUUCAAUACAGCGUGCUGAGACUUCGUCUAGGCGGAGUAAUUGGCCACGCGGGCAGCGCACUGGUGAACACUCCUCCCAACACUCGGGGCAGCGCGUCAGAUGGUCGAGCAGUCAUCACGCCUACAUCCAACGCACUUGAUAAAAUUGCAGCAAGUAACGACGCGAAUAUUGGCCAUCACGCCACGUGCAACGAUCCCUGAUGAAGGGGAAGGAUCCGUGAAUAUUCAUAGGUAUGCGGUGGCAUGGUUACUGCAUCCUAUAAAUACUGCAGCCGCAUGUACAUGAACCACCCUUAUCUGCUUAUGUCUCUGAUGAUGGAUUCGAACAGGAAUCCGAAACGUCAGGCUAAUUAAGCUCGUGUCCCGGCGAUCGUGUCUUCUUCUUCAAGACUGCUUACUGGGACUCGUCACUUUGCUUCUGUUGGCAAUACUUCGAAUUCUAUAUUUCUUUAACUUUUUUAUCUAUUACUUGACAUUUUCUGCUAAAUCCCACUUUUGUCAUGCUUUUUAUUUAAAUAACUUUCCUAAUACUGCUUAACUUAUCGUGAUGGUUACUCCACCCAAACGGAUGGGAAAAAGGACAUUCUUUUUGUCAACAGACCGUGUUGACAUUGGGAUCCAAAAAUAUUGCUAUAUUAGUAAAAUGCUCACUUCCGAAACUAUAUAAUGUUUCUAAGGUUGGCCGGCGCUGUCUGUGUCAAAUACUUCAUCAUUUGCUCUCAAGCCAACACAGACGAUUUUAAUAUGACUUAAACAUUAUUAACGUUCAACUAUUAAUCGAUCGGUAUGGGAUCAUGUCAGCCCGUUGCACGUAAAUUACAGUGUGUGACCUAUCUCAUGAAAUGUUGGCUGAAAUUCUGAAAUGCGUUUUCGAUUAGGAAGGAUUAUUUGGUCGCGGUUGUGUAACUGAUUAUAUUAAGGCAUAAUCUUAUAACUUUCUGAACUUGGCAGGAUGUCCGCUUUUAAAUGCAUUUCUUUUCAAUCUCCUGUAGAAAGCGUGCUCGGCAAAAAAUGGCUGCUCAAGUAGCAUGCAAUUUUCCCACUGAUUUUCGAUGCUCUUGGAAAUUCAAUUAUAUUUUAUAGAAACCACAAACAAAAAUAUGCCUUCUUUUAGUCAAUCAAUAGAGAAUCACGUCUUCUUUAUAUUUCAUACUUAAGAAAGGAGAAUAAUUAGGUUUUAAAAAAGUUUCUAAUUAUGAGACUUUUCAAGACCGCGAUAUGUCCAUUGACAUAUCAUCAUACCUGGCCGUUCACCACUGCUCCUCAUGAAAUGUACAACAUGGUGCGCAUCCAUUGCAAUAUUUUAUGGACCCUGUAUGAUAUCUCUUUAAUGGCAUAGAAAAAUAUGGGAUUUUCCUUAUGCGGAACGCAUGCACCUUGUAGAGUGUAAUGACUAUGCGCUAAUGCGACGAAUGAUCGGCCUCCAAAUUAUUCGGCAAUUAGGAAACUUUUUUAAAACCUAAUUAUACUCAUUCGUUAAGUAUAAAAUAUAAAGAAGAAAUGAUUGUGCAAUAAUUUACCGUACUAACAACACAGGUAUUAGUUAAAAGCUGACGGAUUUCAGCUAAAAUAUUCAUAUCAAAUUUCGGACCGUGCCUGAAAAGGCCUGUUUCGAAAGAACUACUCCAAGUUCGCGCAUUAAUUUCCUCGGAAAUUAAGCAAGGCAAGAAGAAAUGAUUCUCUGUUGAUUGACUUAAAGAAAGCAUAUUUUUGUUUGUGGUUUCUAUAAAAUAUAUUUGAAUUUCCAAGAUCAUCAAAAAUCAAUGGGAAAAUUGCAUGCUACUUAAGUAGCCAUUUUUUGCCAAGCACGCUUUGUAUAGGAGAUUAAAAAGAAGUGCAUUUAAAAGCCGACAUCCUGCCAAGUCCAAAAUGUUAUAAGAGCAUGCCUUAAGAUAAUCAGUUACACAACCGCCAUUAAGUAAUCAUUCCUUAUCGAAAAAGCAUUUCAGAAUUUCAGCCAACAUUUCAUGAGAUAGGUCACGCACUGUACAUUUAUAUCGAAGGAGUUAAAAUUAACGGAGACCGAUCAUAGUCAAAAAUAUUACACAGCGAUUCACAUCAAUCGCAUUAUGAAUUUUUAUGGGUCAUCUAAUAAGGAUAUUUGAUUGACGAAUGCACAUUGUUGAACUUGGGUGUAGUAGUGUUGUCAUGUUCAUUUACUACAACUCGCACUGUUUGGGUAGUAGAACGAUGAUGAAUAAUCAAUGAACCCUACAAAUUCCUAAAGAUACGAUGGCCACGCCCGCAUUGAUGCGUACGUAUGCGCAAGCAUAAUGUGUGACACAUAUAAUCGGUCCAAAUUUAGCACCUCUUCUUGUGUGAACGCAGAGAUAUUUUCUACUGUGUGCAAUUUUAUAUUCCUUUGUGCAGCCUGCUCGAUGUGAAUUUAAACAUUGCAUAUCGUGUAGCGAGUGUAAAUAAACCUUCUGGAUUGAUCAAUUACUGCGCCAUGCACAUGCCUCAUUCUGGUUGUUAUCUCUGUCCAUCGGAUACAAAACUGAAGUUGGACGUAUUUACAUAUAAUCAAAUCGAUAGCUGGCCAUUUAAACGGGUGCCCAACUACAACUUUAUUGGCAAGGUUUGGUUUUGCUGCCCCACCUGAUCGAUAUCGCAUGGUAAGCUUUCCAAAAAUAUAGGAAGGUUGAGUAGGCUGAAUUUAUAACUGUCAUAUUGUUCGCAUCUUCACUUCAAUUUUAAUCCAGCGAGUAACUCUGCCACGAGGAGAGGAGUGCUUAUAAGCCAGUCUGGGUAACGUUCUUUAUCAGUUCACGCGCCCUUCCCUGCGCGUACUUCGAUCCCUGCUUGCGCCCUCUCCAUUAUCCUGAUCUAACAAGUGGUCAGGUAGACCUGCUAAUGGAAUUGUUUGGACGGUGUAAGACUCCCUCGGUUCCAUAACAACAGCUAUGAACUGAGAAGUACCAUGCGGUUCCCACAGCGGCCUUCCAGUUGUGAUUUUGACCUCCUUAUCCUGUACAUCCAGCGAAUGGCUGUGUCAAGGAGUGUGUGCAAGCCACCUUCUCUCACAUCCCCGCGCGUACUUCGAGCUCUUCUUGUGCCCUCUUUCCCUUCCUAAUCCAGGGAAUGACAAUGUUAGACCUUUCAACUAAUAUUGUUUUCGUAAGCAUAUCAUUUGAUAUUACUCACAUGGAGCUGCAGAAACGAUCCUCGCCACUUUGGUAAGGAGCGCUCAUCGAACGUUCUUACGGAACUUACUCGUUCUGUUGUGCCUUGCGGGCUCUCUCUCUCUCGAGUCCAACCGGCAGCCGCACAGUGCUACAUGAUAUAGGCAGAAUGUUAUUACCGACAAAGACAAGGGAGACUGGAAUGGCCAGUUCUGGCUUAUUAGCCGUCGUCAGCCAGUCAUACCCAACCCCGAAGUGUGGAACAACCGAGGCUCAACCUAGCGACCUGUUUGUUAAAAAUCAACGUCUCUAACCACUGGGCCACGAGCCAGUUGCCUUGUCGGUCGCGAGUUCGAGCCUCAGGUGUUCCACACUUCGGGGUUGGGUAUGACUGACUGACGACGGCUAAUAAGCCAGAAAUGGCCAUCCCAGUCUCCCUUGCCUUCGUCGGUAAGACCAUUCUGCCUUGACACUUUAUUUGUAAGAUAGCUCUUGAUUCACAGGUUUUUAAGAAGUACACAUCCGUCAAGAAUAUCUGUAUGGACUGAUUAAACGGUCUGAGCAGUGAAUUAGUUUACAUCUGCUUCUUUAUACAGGGCUUACUAGGUGGUGUGCGCAAGAUACAUAUUAUCCGGAGCGACCACCUAUUGGAAAAAACGAUGAGAGGCCAGAGAUGCCUUUGCUAUCAUAAAGGACGUUCUGUGAUGACUGUAUUGCGUGCCACAGGAAGUCAAAUACCAUCUCAUGAUCAUGAGGGCACCACUGUGCAGGAGCAAAUUCGACAUCGUCAGCACCUACGUCCUGAAUGCGAUGAGGGGAAGAAUAAGCUCUCUUUUUCCUAAUCAUAUGCUUUUGACAUUAUAUUUAACUGAAUCCUUUGAAAGCGAAUGGUUAGUCGAUGGAUCGUGGUUACAAAACUGGAAAAAGACGUAAUUGUCUUCCGAAUGUAAAUAAGGACGAAUUUGUUAUGCAUUUUUUUGCACGAUGUAUGAUUGAAUGUCCAAGGGCAUCGAAAAUCAAUGAGAAAAAUUUAUGCUACGUCGAUAGCCAUUUUUAAGGAGCGUUGUUUCUGCAUGCGGCCGAAAAAGAUCGUUCAAAAUUCGGCAUCCGCAGGUGCCGCAUGUUGGAAAAUGUUAAAACAGAACUUAAGUGAUCUUUCUGAAACGAAAGCUCAUUUCAAAUGUUUAGUUAACAUUUGACGAGUUAGUCCACCUACUAUUUAAAUGACGACUGGUUAAAUUGCGGCCGUUAAAACGCAGGUUAUAUACCGAAGAACGGUUUUAGGUAAGGUGCGCAGGAGUGAUUCGAGCAUAGUCUCAGGUGUAUUGAUAUUCAGCAAUUUGUUGCGUGUAUCACCUGAAUUUUAUUUUAAUAAUUAUCUCGUUAAAUUUUACGUCUGCUCUUUUGCCAGAAAAUCAAGACGCACGUGUGCCGUUACCAAUAAGCAUAUUAUAUUUUCCUAUUAUUUGUGCAGUAUAAAUUCCAAAACCGCCCCAAGUGUGCUUCAGACUAUGACUUGCAAAAAAGCCUUCGAGGUGAAAUCUAGAACACUCAAGAAGCAGUGCUGAUUUGUGCUAGAAGGUGCUUUCAUGAACGUCGUCGAUGGUCAGAAACAAAUUGUAUCAAAUGCAGGCUACUACUUCCUUUCAUGAAACACAUUGUAAACCGUCUUCGUAUGCAACCCAAUAUCUGUAAAACAUAUUUCGCUACUAUGUUGCAGCCUUUACAAAAGUCAGACGCAUUGCAAUGUCUUUCAAAAAGAAACGCAAUACACACGUGCACCGAAAGGGUGUAUUUGGCACCGGUUGGUUCACAGUGGCUGGCUGCGGUACCGUCUCUCAGGUUAAUCCAAUUUUUUAGGUUUGCAAAUUUUCUGGCUAACUCUUUGGUCCAGUUAUAUGGUAACGGCAUGCACUGCGAUACACCGAGAUGGGCCUAAUCAGUAGAUACACCUUAUUGCUAUACUAUCUGCAUGAACUAAAUUGUAACGGCCAUGAUAUGUACUCAAAGUUUGCACAAUCGGCACGGCGAUGGGGAGAGACUUAAUCACUAAUGUGUAAAUUAAGUGAAUGAACUCGUCAUACGGAAAGUACACUUGAUAUAAACGGUUGCAAUGAGGCUUGACGGCAGUGUGCUGAAUAAUUUCGCCAAACAACGCAGAAAGUGCCAAGGUUGUAAUGUCAACAUGCUGCUGGCCAUGUGUUUGUGGAAGCCCAUUGACGUGAACUACAAUUUGGAUUCCGUGGAAUGGGCAACAUAUUUUUUUCCUCGCCGACCACCUCUGUGAUAUAAUUCUUGAAAAUCGUGGACAAUACACAAACGACCGAAAGAAUCAUGGUUUGAAGCCAUAAAUCAGAAUGCAUGGGUUAGACCUUCAUUUUCUGACGACGAAAUUUGAUUUUCGAAUCAUGUUAUUCUCAUGUUUGCUUCUGAGCUGAUUUGAUGUAUUGUCCGGCGGAUGUGUGAAGUUUUUUCAAUCAGCCGCAACCAGUCUUUGAACGAGUUUUGCGUUCUCAAUUAUCCGUGAAUAAAAGGACAACGUCUCAUGAACAGAUUUUUAAUGCAGCCUUUUUCAGAUUUCGGCCCGUACUACCGAUAAUCGUAUGAUAUAAUAUGCUCAUGAAUACGGCAGAAAUCACUAUAAAGUCCCGGAUGCUAUAUAAUUGCUACUAAUAUCAGCAUACUUACUGCCUUCACAGAAUAAAAGAUAUUGAUUCAAGGUAAUUUUUAGUAACUGUGAACAUAAAUUAAAACGGCAAUUGUAUAAUGCAGUCCGGGCACCUAGACUUGUUAUGCUAAAAUAAAAUAUAUUGUUCCAUGUUGUGUGAGGUAACUCACUAAAGUUAAGAUGAUGAACGUUUGCUCGCAUUUAAUCCCGAUCAGAAUACUAUAAGGCUUUAAACGGUCGUAAAGUUUACUUAUUCUUGAAAUCCCGUUAGAAUUUUAUCUUGCCGCCUUACUAUCCAAAGUGUUUUCUUAAAUUGGAAAGGCGGGAUAACAAUGGCAGAUAUUUUGGAAGUUUAUUAUGUCUAGUAAGUGUUCGCCCUUCGAGCUUAACUCUUCGCGAAGUAGCCGUUCUCCUCCAUUAUUGCAUGAACUUACUGACACGACUAACCGGAAACUGUUCGUUUAAAUGAUCUUGUGCAACCGCAUUUUGACUCCAGUACCGAGGUUAAUUACAUGUAGGAUUUUCUUGAAACUUUGGUUCAGUUCAUUUUAACGUAUUUAAGGAAGAGUAGGUAUUUACAUUUGAAAUCCUUAUUGGUUGCACGCAGAGAAGUAUAAGGAGAGAUAAGAAAAGAAGUAAAAUGAUAUUCUUAACCCGCACGUUUCUUAAAAACGAAAAUGCCAAAUCUUCGGACUUAUUUUAGUUAUAUUGACGCGGAUGUCGGCAUCAUUUUCAAUUUCUUGUUUUCCUUAAAUUACAUUGGUAAGGACCUGAUAUGUUAAGGAGGGUCAUUGGUAAUAUGUACAGACCUCACAAGGUAUCCGAGGUCUUGUGUACUGGCCAUGUUUUUUGGGUUUAGGGAUAGCAGAUUCGGAGGGUGUUUUGGAAAUCAACAAGUUCUUUUUUUCCAUAGCAACGUAUAUCGUACGUUUAAUGCACUCGAUAAUUUAUGGUUUCGUGAAAUGUCUUUCUAUGGCACAUGUACGUGCCACUCCGUGAGCGCAACCUGUUUGCAAGCGUCUGUUCCCCUUUAACGAAAAGCGUUUGCUGGAUCUCUUCUGAUUAAGGCCGCACCGGCGGUGAACAUCAUUUAGCCAUAGAUAGUUACAUCCGCAACAAUGUUUGCUAAUGGCAUGCAUUCACAAAUCUACCUAAAAGUAAAUUAAAGUCACUCAUGCAAAAUUAUGAUUGGCAAUGUGAGAGAAAUAAGCUUCAUCUUCGGACACAUAGCCAUCUAGCAUUAUUACUGAACGUAGUUAGAAGGAUUUUGUCGAUUCUAAACCGAAUACUUACUAGAAUGACAUAAGAUCGCUACGUCGUCCGAAAACCCAUACAAUAACGUGAAUAACUUUUGGACAAUAUGCUUAAUAGUAUAAAUCCUCAAAAACUAAAUAAGGUUAAUUGCUCUAAUAAUGCCACCUUUAUACCGCGCUCGGUAUAGGGCGAGCGGGCGACAGACUGUUCGUGUACUUUAAUGGUGUAAUACUUUGCAGUGCGUAGCCCGCAGAUCACGUACGAGUGUAAUGAUGCGCGUUUUCUGAUGGUUGGCAGGUCGACUGUACUUUGUUUAGUGAAGACAAAUUAAUCAGCGGCUUAUACUCACGUGUUCUUUGUUCUUAGAAGACGACGGCUACGAGCUUCAUAGACAGCAAUAUUUCACCAAUGAAAAGUAGCACGCAUACGAUGACAGGCGAGUAUUGCAGAUGGGUGGAACUCGUAAUCACUGAACUGCAAGUACGCUGACGGGGACGGUGGUAUCGCAUGCCAAACUGGAGUCCGCGCAAUUUUCAAAAGAUGCUCAAAUACUCCUAUUCGUCCUUUUUGUUAUAGGAUCCUCUCACCCCGGCAAGAUAAUAUCAAAUUUGCUAAAAGCUGCCAAAGGCCUGCAGAAGACGUAACAUCACAGAAUAUCACAGGUUUGCCUUUUAGCUCCAUUUUUACGUCAUUGGUAGCUGACAGGUUUGCCUUUCUAAUGGUUUGACAAAAUAGUGUCUGAAUAUGACCAAAAUAGUAAAUCAUGCGAAUCUCAGCCUCAGAAGUUCCUUCACUGAUGGUUGAAACCUAAAUAUUAAUUAAUAUAAUCGGAGUUGAUGUCGGAAUCGACGGUGCGUCGGAUGUAAUAACUGGAUUGAAUGAGUGAGAAUGCUUAAUUUUGCGGUUUCAAGCAUACUAAAGCAGUGAGACGUAUGAGAUGCUUUAAGAAACUACGAACCAUAAAUGCAAUGUGCUGUGGAUCAUUAAAAAGGGAUAGGCAUGAUGCCGUUGGAAGUGACAAUGCAAAUCUUAGAAAAUCUCACAAUUAAAGGCGAGGUUAACACCAAACAGCACUCUGUUUUCGAGGACAGUGUCUGGAGACCACACGAACGGCUAAUAAAUUUGUAAAAUAACGUAUAUUUUGUGAGUGGUGUCUAAGAAAAUAUAUCUGAAUUUGUGAACUAUCGAAAACCAAUGCGAAAAAUACCUGCCAAUGAAAUAAACACCUUUUACCGAGUGCAGUUUUUAAAGGAGAUCGAAGGGAAAUGCAUUCGCAUUAUAAGCAAUAUCACAACUCAACCUAACUAAUCCUUUCUAACUGAAAAACCGUUUAAAAAAUUCAGCUAACUUUUCAUGAACUCGGUCUCUCACAGCGUACACAUACUUUGCGUACAUAUACAUAGGUGCACAUGCAUAUCGUUUUUACACAAAUGCCGAAGGAAGAAGAUUUUGCCAAAAUCUGUCCAAAUAAAACCUGCCAUUAGAACUACUCAAGGAUAUCAAAUUGCAUUACGUUGCGGCCAAAAUAUGCUUGGAGCCUUUAUAUCCAGUGCUCACUUCAGACUUCAGAAAUGCCAAGCUUCUAAAGAACAGCAUGCGCAAUUCUGCCGAAAUAAUCUCUCUUUAGAAGUAGUUGAAUCUCUAAACGAAACGAUUGCCUGCGUUUCCAACAUCGAAAGACAGAAAAAAAGAAGUAUCUUAGACAAAAAAUGGAUGGCCAUCUCUCAGCGAAUUCCUACAAACCAAACUUGCUCGACGAAGGUAGUGAACCUAUCAGCAACAAAACUUACAACGACCGAAGAAAAUGUACUUUCUAUCGGAAUGAAAUAUAAUCCAUCCGAUGCGAAAGACCUAAACUUCCUUGCAAACUUGGAGCCUAUAAAAUUAGCAGAAAAUCUUACGGACGAUGAAGGUUUCACAAUCCGGAAUAGCACUGUACAUGCCUUUAAGAACCGAAAUCCAUUUUCGGUACCAUCACAAGAGGAAAGGAAAGCACUUAAAGCAUUAAAAAGUGACAAAAGCAUUGUCUUACUUCCUGCGGACAAAGGUGGGUCAACUGCAAUUUUAAACAAAGCAGACUACAAAGAAAAGAUGUUAGUAUUAUUAAAGGAUAGAUCAAAAUCCAAACCUCUUACCACGGACCCUAAUAAAGCGCAGAAUACGGCCACUAAAAAAGUUCUAAAAUGUCUUACAGGAAAGAAACAAAUAUCAGGAGAUAUUGCCAAAUCCUUACGACAAACUGAAUCAGUCAUUGCUAAGAUCUAUGGACUACCCAAGAUUCACAAACCUGAAGUACCACUGCGACCAAUAGUAUCGUUAAUCGGUGCACCUAAUUACAAGAUUUCUAAAUGGCUAUUCCACAAACUCUAUCCGUUGACAAAGGAUUGUGAAACAUCAAUCAAUAAUUCAGCAGAAAUUCUGGACAAAUUGCAAGGACUGAGAAUCGCAGCAGAUUAAAUAAUGGUAUCCUUCGAUGUCGUAUCUCUGUUCACCUCAAUACCAUUGGAUUUAGCAAGACAAUGUACAGAGGAACUUCUCCAGUACUACGACAUGGAUAUCCCUGCAUCUGCUUUACUUGAACUCUUAGACCUUUGUCUAGAAACGAACUUUUCAUUUGCGCAGGACUACUAUCAACAACUGAAGGGAGCCCCUAUGAGAUCACCCAUCUCUGAUUUUCUGGCAGAAGUCACGAUGCAGAAAUUAGAGGCCAUCGCCUUACCACUAGUUAACCCCAAAUUAUGGGUACGAUAUGUUGAUGAUACGUUAGUCAUUGUUAAAAGUGAUCAACUGGCAAUACUCCACAAUAUUAUUAACUCAACACUUCCAGGAAUCACAUUCACACUCGAGAAAGAGGCUGACAACAAACUCCCUUUUCUUGAUGUCCUCGUACAGAGAAAGCCUGACGGGAAAUUUCACACUUCGGUUUACCGCAAAGAAACCUACGCGGAAGUUCUUUUGCAUUACGAGAGCAAUUACCCGAUCUCUCACAAACGGAGUGCCGUGAAAGUCUCCUUAACCGAGCAAGAACCCACUGCUCUGACAACGAAACACGUCAAACAGAACUGAAUUAUUUGUUCAAACUAUUUUCCCAUAAUGGGUAUCCUAGAUAUUUUGUACACCGAUGCAUGCGACGACAGGAGUUAAAAGAAAAAGAGAAGGAACUAGAUUGUUCCGAUCAGGCGCCCAAACCUAAAACCUGGCGAACACUUCCAUACACUAAGAAUGUGUCUGAACUAGUUGAAAGACACCUGAGGAAGCACCAGAUACAUGUGGCGCACAAACCGACGACUACACUUCGUAACCAGCUUGUACACCCUAAGGAUAGGGUUGGCUAUUUAGAUAAGAAGGUAGUCGUCUAUAAGAUACCAUGCAACACCUGUAAUGCGGUUUACUGUGGCCAAACCGGGAAAUCGGCCUCUACACGAAUACACGAACAUCAGUUGGCCGUAAAAAGGCGAGACUACUUGUCCCAAGUUGCCAUGCAUACUUUAGAAACCGGACACAAAUUCGCCUGGGAAAGGGCCCGCAUUGUAGGUGUCUGUUCAUCUAAAAAGGGCCGUGAAUUUUUGGAGGCCAUCCAUUCUGAUAACGCAUGCCUCAAUAGACACGUAGAAUUGGAUACGGUGUACAACAGCCUCAAGGAAAAGUGGAAAAGGCAUUUGCCAAUCAGAGUAAGACACCAGCAGGAAUGACAAGGCAAACUCGAUUUUUCGGCAUGUUUAAAUUUGACUGUUUUGCACAUUUAUUCCACGUCUGAAGACGACUUGGGGAACCAAGAUCGGAAAUUUAUAAUAAACCUUGUUAAUCUUUCCCAAAGAGCUUAUUUCUUUCGAAAUAUGAUUCUUGGGAUGCCUGUUUUCAAAUUCAUACCUAUACAUAUAUAUGUAUAUGCAUAUAUAUGUAUGUAUAUAUGUAUAUGUAUGUAUAUGUAUAUAUGUAUAUACAUGUAUAUGAGAAGAUAAGGCGAUCACAAGAACCAUGGAUUUAUUUGCCUGACGUUUCGAAAGCAAACAAGCUUCCAUCAUCGGAGGUGGGUUGCGUACUGCACGUCACAGUAUCUAAGGGUUUUUCUUUCGUGCUGGCGUGUCACUGACUUCCAGCGCGCUGCAUCACACGGUAUGGCGAUGGUUGUCAUGGCGACAUCGGUUUCUCCUCAUCCUUUGUCGGGUGUGGGGAGGGGGGCGGUGCCGGGGUGACAGCGGCCAUUGCUCUUGUUUGUAUUGUCCGUUGUCCGCCCUCGACGCAUCUCGCCUUCCUGCCCCGUUCGCACCUGCCCGUAUCCGCGUGGACGGUGGUUGUCAUGCCACUGUUGACGUCGGCCUGGGGGGUCCUGUCGCUGUCGGGGGAUCUCGUCUCGCUGUCCCGUUCACACCUGCCCGUAGCCGUGUUCACGGUGGUUGUCAUGCCAGGGUUGACGUCGGGCUGGGGGGGUUUGUCACUGUCGGGCGUUCUCAUCGAGUGCUGGCGUCUGUCCGCGUUCGGACCCAGAAGGCGGUCUCCUGGGUUUGCGUUCGCCGCCGGUUGUCCCCCGGUUUCGUCCGUUCCCGGUGCCUGUCUAUGCCCGUCCACGUUCCCGCUUGGUCCGGGUUUGAUUACUGCCGUCUCUGGCCUGACGAACCGUCAGUAGCCCUGCCUAUUGAACUUCACCCGUAGGGUUUGGUAGGCAGCCGGCAGAGUUACGCAUCGGUUGAUUGAGGUAGUUGUGGUGUGCCAGGCUUCGAGUGUCUCCCUGACCGUUUGAUAGCUCCUUUGGCCCAAGACUUCGGCGUCUUGGAAGGCGAAGGCGUGGCCAAAAGCUGCGCAAUGUUCUGCCACCAACGAGAGCUGAUCCAUUCUUCCUACCGCUCUUGCGUGCUCGUCCAUGCGGGUCUGCAAUCUCUUCCCGGUUUCUCCAACGUAGUUUGCCUCGCAGGAACUACACGGGAUCCGGUAGACGACGUUGGCAGUUUCGCCUCGUAGCAGAGGCGUUUUUGGUCUCAUGACCAAACGUCUAAUUGUCGCUUCGGGUUUGUGGGCGAUGCCGAUACCCAAUGGUUGCAAGAUACGAGCAACUGCCUCGGAAACGUUCGCAAUAUAUGGCAGCGCUCGCCAGACUUUCGGCUGAUUUGCCGCUGACUUUACGGUUGCUCUGGACUGUCUGCUGCGUUCUAUGAAGCUGCGGGGGUAACCGUUGGAGGUGAACAUCCGCUGUAGAUAGUGGAGUUCGGCUACCUUGUCGGUCGGUUCGCUGCAGUGAGUGUCAACUCUCCUGUAGAGAGAUCGAACACAGCUUCGUUUGUGACACAGCGGGUGAUUGCUGUGGUAGGACAGGAUUUGGCGAGUGUUAGUGGCCUUCCUGUAGACCGUGAUAUUCAGGCUCCCGUUGACCUUGCGAUGGACCAGAACGUCUAGAAACGCGAUCUGAUUGUUGUUCUCUGUCCUUAUGGUGAAUUGAAUAUCGGGAAGAACAGAGUUCAGUAGCGCGUGGAAAUUCGAGACCAUUUCCCGUUUGAGAACGACGAAAGUGUCGUCCACAUACCGCGCCAAAAAUUUUGGCUUAUAUGUUGCGAACACUAACGUCUCCAACUUUUGAAGAGCAGCUUCAGCGAUGAAACCGGAUAGUGGUGAGCCCAUCGGCGUACCUUUGAUUUGUUCGUACACAGUCCCUUCAAAUGUGAAGAACGUUUGGAGACAGUAUUUAAGCAGCUGCACCAGGUGCCCCCUCCUAGGGGUAUUGUUUGCCUCCAUGUAUAUAUAUGUAUAUGUGUAUGUGUGUAUGUAUGUGUAUGUGCCCUCUGGGGUGUAGGGGUGUCAGCGGUGGGUCCACGUGGUGGUCGUAGUGGUCGCUCACCUGCUUGCAGGUGAGACUACGCCUAGCGUCCAUUUGCUGGCACCUAACUCUCACCUGUGGCUCCACGUAGCUGGGCCCUGCCCAGCGGCCACACCCCGGGCAACCGUCUCGACCGGCGGGCUAAACCAGGUGAGGGUAUCCGUGCGUGCACCUGCACGCGCGGUACUGCGGUCUGCGCUGGCCGGAUGGAUCUUCGCGUCGACAUCGUCGAGACGAGGCUCUGCCUGGACCAUCGUAGGCGGCCACCAGGUAAGUUUCCCCUCAGGUAAGUGCGCUUGCUUUGUUUCUUCCUUUUGUUUGUUGAAGUUCCGCGUCGUACGCUGCGCUUGCUGCCUGCCCUUUAUAUGCUAGUCUGUCUGUUAAUAGCUAAACGACACCCUCGAUGCCUGCUGCGAUUGUCUGUCCGUCAGUCUAUGCCACUCUCUACUAAUAGCUAGGUGUUACGGUGCCUGACUUUGUGUGGUGCCCUCACUUUGUCUCUGACUGGUGACUGUGUCCGCUUGUCCACUCUAGUUCUAAGUCCCAUAGCGUUAGGUAGUGUGUAUGCUCUCUCCUACUUCACUCCAUCACAUCAUCACCUCACCACCAAGGUCCCAGGCUAAUUCGGGUCGUUCUCUCACUAACAAAAAGUCGUGGCCCAUAGUGGAGUCCGGCAGCCGUCUGGGAUAACCGGGCAGCCCUGUUCAGGGAUGCGUUGCCUGCCCCCGCGAGGGGGAGGGGGCUAGAAAAGGUGCCCUAAAGAUCGCUGGGAACCACGCUGUCUGUAGGCUGGCCGUGGCCGCAGACAAAAAACACACGGUCGAAACAGCCAAAACCGAAACAACAACAACAACAAUCACUCUCUAUCUCUUCCAGCCUAUUCUUCUUCUUCGUCUCCUACUCCUACUUUUCGCCGCCGCAGUCGCCAGACUGGCAGGGUGAGCCCGCUCACUCUGGCAGCCUGGAAUGUUCGUUCCCUUUUAGACAAUCCGAGGAGCAACCGACCGGAACGGAGGACGGCGCUAGUGGCACGAGAACUGGCGCGCUACAAGGUGGACAUCGCCGCACUCAGCGAGACCCGAUUCUCCGAACAAGGCCAACUGGAGGAGGUGGGUGCCGGCUACACCUUCUUCUGGAGUGGUCGACCCAAGGCAGAGCGACGAGACGCGGGUGUCGCCUUCGCCAUCCGGAACGACAUCGUGGGACGACUACCCUGUUUGCCGCAGGGUAUCAACGAUCGCCUGAUGAGCCUCCGUCUGCCUCUGCGGGGUGGGGGCAAAUUCGCCACAAUCAUCAGCGCCUACGCUCCGCCGAUGAGCAGCCCCGACGCCGCCGCAAGAGACAAGUUCAACGAGGACCUGCACGCUCUUUUGGCGACUGUGUCGAAGGCGGACAAGUUGAUUGUCCUUGGUGACUUCAACGCCCGCGUCGGCACAGACCAUACUGCCUGGAGGGGAGUGCUGGGUCCUCACGGUCUCCGCGGCUCCAACGACAACGGCCUCCUGCUCCUCCGCACCUGCGCAGAACACCGCCUCAUCCUGACGAACAUGCUCUUCUGUCUGCCGGAGCGAGAGAAGGCCACCUGGAGGCAUCCUCGGUCGCGUCAGUGGCACCUGCUGGACUAUGUCCUCGUCCGGAGGCGAGAUCAGCGGGACGUGCUGGUGACGAAGGCGAUCGCAGCUGCUGACGGGUGGACCGACCAUCGCCUCGUCAUCUCGAAGAUGCGUAUUCACCUACAGCCUCGCAGGAGACCACAAGGUAAGCGACCCCCAGGUAAGCUGAAUGUUGCUUUGUCGUCUUUGCCUGCUCACCGUCUCCAUUUCAGCAAUGAGCUAGCUCAACGGCUAGACAAUCUUCCUAUCCCUGCCGCCGCCGACGACGCCGCCGCCGCCGCUGCCGAGAACGCCUCCGUGGAGAACCGCUGGUGUCAACUGCGUGACACAGUCCAAUCGACGGCGCUCGCCGUCCUCGGUCGCGCUCCCCGCCAACACCAGGACUGGUUCGACGACAACGACGCCGCCAUCAGCAAUCUGCUUGCCGAGAAGAACCGCCUACACAAAGCCUACGUAGAUCAUCCCACUGAGGACAACAAAGCUGCCCUUUACCGCAGUCGCCGACAGCUUCAGCAACGACUGCGCGAGAUGCAGGACGCCUGGACUGCUCGCAAAGCUGAGGAGAUCCAAGGCUAUGCGGACCGCAACGAAUGGAAGAACUUCUUCUCCGCGAUCAAAGUUGUCUACGGUCCGCCGACAAAGGGCACUGCUCCUCUCCUCAGUGCCGACGGCAGCACUCUCCUGACUGAGAAGACGCAAAUCCUACAGCGAUGGGCCGAGCACUUCCGAGGCGUCCUCAACCGCCCUUCCGUCAUCUCCGACGCCGCCAUCGCCCGCUUGCCGCAAGUGGUGACCAACGCGGACCUCGACCUCCCGCCAUCUCUCCAGGAAACCAUCAGGGCCGUGCAGCAACUCUCCAGCGGGAAAGCACCCGGAUCGGACGCAAUCCCUGCUGAGGUCUACAAGCACGGAGGUCCCCUACUGAUGGAUCACCUGACUGCGCUCUUCCAGGAGAUGUGGCGUCAAGGUGAAGUCCCGCAAGAUUUCAAGGACGCAACUAUCGUGCACCUUUACAAGCGAAAAGGGAAUCGCCAAGUCUGCGACAACCACCGCGGCAUCUCCCUAUUUAACAUCGCCGGGAAGAUCUUCGCUCACAUCCUUCUCAACCGCCUCAACAGCCAUCUGGAACAGGGCCUUCUGCCGGAAAGCCAAUGCGGCUUCCGUCGUCAUCGUGGGACCACGGAUAUGAUCUUCGCCGCCCGCCAACUCCAGGAGAAGUGCCAGGAGAUGCGGACCCACCUGUACUCUACAUUCGUGGACCUGACGAAAGCCUUCGACACGGUGAAUCGUGAAGGACUGUGGAAGAUCAUGCAGAAGUUCGGCUGUCCGGAGCGAUUCACUCAGAUGGUGCGUCAGCUGCACGACGGUAUGAUGGCGCGAGUCACGGACAACGGAGCUGUCUCAGAGGCAUUCGCAGUGACCAACGGAGUGAAGCGGGGAUGCGUGCUGGCACCAACCCUCUUCAGUCUUAUGUUCUCUGCCGUGCUGAUGGACGCCUACCGCGACGAACGCCCUGGAAUCUGCAUCGCCUACAGAACGGACGGUCAUCUCCUGAAUCACCGGCGCAUGAACUUCCAAUCGCGUGUAUCCACAGCCACCGUGCACGAACUCCUCUUCGCCGACGACUGCGCCCUGAACACCACCUCGGAAGAGGAGAUGCAACGCAGCAUGGACCUAUUCUCCGCCGCCUGCGAGAACUUUGGGCUGGUUAUCAACACGCAGAAGACGGUGGUGAUGCAUCAGCCGCUACCCAACUCAGCCACAGGCCCCAACGCGCCGCCGCAAAUCAGCGUGAACGGAAAUCAACUGCAAGUGGUGGAGAACUUCCCGUAUCUGGGCAGUACCCUCUCCCGCAACACCAAGAUUGAUGACGAAGUCGCCAACAGGAUCUCGAAAGCCAGUCAAGCCUUCGAACGCCUCCGAAGCACAGUUUGGAAUCGCCACGGUCUCCAACUGCGCACGAAACUGAAGAUGUACAAGGCCGUCAUCCUGCCGACGUUACUGUACGGAGCAGAGACAUGGACGGUGUACACGAGGCAGGCACGCCGACUAAACCACUUCCACCUCAGUUGUCUCCGUCGCAUCCUGAGGCUAAACUGGCAGGAUCGAAUCCCCGACACGGAAGUACUGGAACGAACGGGAAUCCUCAGCAUCUACGCCAUACUGAAACAAAUGCAGCUGCGCUGGAGCGGCCACCUGGUGCGCAUGGACGAUGAGCGACUACCCAAACGACUCUUCUACGGAGACGUCGCGACGGGUUCUCGUCGUCAAGGAGGCCAAAUUCGCCGUUACAAGGAUACCUUGAAGUCCUCCCUGAAGCGCCUGCAAAUCAACCCGACCAACUGGGAAGAGCUCGCUCGCGAUCGUCCGACAUGGAGGAGAACAGUGAAGACGGGCGCUGCUGUCUAUGAAGCCAACCGAAUCGCCGCCGCCAAAGUGAAACGCGAAGCCCGCAAAUCACAACUUCGCCCAGUCCGCAACGCCGCCGCACAACCUCUCCCUACGUGUCCUCGAUGCCACCGGACAUUCCGGGCACGAAUCGGACUUGUUGGACAUCUUCGGAUCAACUGCACCUCUCGAACUGCUCCAGCCAUCGUCCCCCCGCCCGCCUCUUCCUCGUCAUCUCUUCCGCCAACUAACUCUGACACUCCUUCUGCAUCACCACUUCCAUCCUCCUCCUUCUCCUCCACUGCCCCAGCGGUGGCCGUUCAGACUGCCGUCUCACACAUCACCAACCCCAACACAACAACCGACAUCACCUCUCCCACCUCUCCCGAUACCGCUGAUGAGGUUCAGGAUUACACCUGCCCUCACUGUGACCGCAACUUCACCUCACACAUCGGCCUGGUCGGUCACUUGCGAAUCCAUCGCACAGAGACUGGCGAACCAGUGUCUGGAGCACCAACCUACACCCACCGCACUCGCCUCCACUGCCCACACUGCCCUCGCACCUUCCGGCAUCGCAUGGGCCUAUUCGGCCACAUGUGCAUCCACGAAAGCGGAAUUGACCGCAGCCUUGACACACCCACCCCGCCGAGCCCCACUCCCAAUCCACCACCUUGUGUACCCACUAACCACUCCCCAACCGACAUCGACGCCACCGACAUCGACGCCACCGACAUCGACGCCACCGACAUUACCACCUCCCACUCCUCCCCUUCCUCCUCUUCCUCCAUUACUUCCACAACGACGACCGCUUCGGCGUCUGUCGCCCACUGCCUCCCCACAGCCGAACCUGACACAACAACAGGCACAACCCCUGCAACCUCCAUCAUCAGACGUGAGGGCCAGGACUACAUCUGCCCUCACUGCGAUCGCACCUUCACUUCACGCAUCGGCCUGGUCGGACACUUGCGAAUCCAUCGCACAGAGACUGGCGAACCAGUGCCUGGAGCACCAACCUACACUCACCGCAUUCGCCUCCACUGCCCACACUGCCCUCGCACCUUCAGGCAUCGCAUGGGUCUAUUCGGCCACAUGCGCAUCCACGACGACCUGCGGUAG